AUGGCAGAAAACGUUCCUCCUACGACCUUGUCCCCUCCACCUUCGACGUCCGGUGUCCCGGGCUACGAUGCUGCGAGCGGCAGCAAUGGCCGUCCGGCCGCUGGUAUGGGACCUCCCACGCUCCCUCCCAUGGUCAUCCCGCAGAACAACAACAACGUCGCGGCUCCUGUUACACCUGGCAGCGCCCUGUCGCCUUCGUCCGGUGGAGUGGUCCGUAGAGCGGCCCCCGAACCGAACAAGAGGGCAUUGUACGUGGGCGGACUCGACCCUCGAGUCACCGAGGACGUUCUCAAACAAAUCUUUGAGACUACAGGCCAUGUGGUCAGCGUCAAGAUUAUCCCUGACAAGAAUCAGUUUAGUUCAAAGGGCUUCAAUUAUGGUUUCGUCGAAUACGAUGACCCUGGUGCCGCUGAGCGAGCCAUGACGACGCUGAACGGCCGGAGAGUCCAUCAGGCUGAGAUCCGCGUCAACUGGGCUUACCAAUCCAACACUGCGACCAAAGAAGACACCUCCAACCACUUCCACAUCUUCGUUGGUGACCUCAGCAACGAAGUCAAUGACGAAGUCUUGCUGCAAGCCUUCUCCGCCUUUGGCACUGUCUCCGAAGCUCGCGUCAUGUGGGACAUGAAGACCGGCAGAUCGCGGGGCUAUGGCUUUGUUGCUUAUCGUGAUCGGUCUGAGGCUGAGAAGGCCUUAGCUUCCAUGGAUGGCGAGUGGUUAGGAAGUCGUGCAAUCCGCUGUAACUGGGCAAACCAAAAAGGACAACCUUCUAUCUCUCAACAACAAGCGAUGGCGGCCAUGGGAAUGACUCCUACAACACCGUUCGGCCACCAUCACUUCCCCACCCAGGGUAUCCAAUCCUACGAGAUGGUCGUCAACCAAACGCCUACCUGGCAAACGACCUGCUACGUCGGGAAUCUCACCCCCUACACGACGCAAGCAGAUCUUAUUCCACUGUUCCAGAACUUUGGCUAUGUGGUGGAAACCAGAUUCCAAUCUGAUCGAGGAUUUGCUUUCAUUAAGAUGGAUUCGCACGAGAAUGCUGCCAUGGCGAUCUGCCAGCUGUCGGGAUACAAUGUCAAUGGCAGGCCUCUGAAGUGCUCGUGGGGCAAGGAUCGUCCUCCGACUGGGCAAUUUGACACCUACUCCCCUCAAACCCCCAUUGGUUCUGCGUCUACCCCUGGCGGCUAUAACCCAGCGUCGCCGUACUACCCACAAUACCCUGGUCCCGGCCCAAUCACGCCUCAAGGCCCUAGUCCUGGUGGCCGCCCAGGAUGGGAAUCCAACCACCUCGCCAGUCCAUAUACCGCGUCGCCGCACUCGGCAUACGGUCAGGCCCCACCAUCUGCUGGGAGCUACGGACGAGGUCAAGCCGCACCCGGUGCAAUGUAUCAGCAACCGCCGCCAUCCUUCAACAACAACUAUCCUGCCUAUCAAGGAUAG